CUCGCGGCUAAGUCGGAAACAUGAGCGACUCCAACUUCAGUUGGGGCGAGGAGUUUGAUGAGCAGUUGUGGAUGCAAGAAUUAGGCGGAGACCCCCAGGAAGCUCCAGGAGAAAAAGCUGGACCUGCGGGGCAGCGGCAGGCUGACACCUUCAAGAUGACUCUGCGCAAGAAAGCCCGGGUCCCCAAGACCACUGAAGAUGUCAUUCCGGGCAAUGAUGGCUCCCCAGAUGAAGGAGCAUCUAGCACCACUCAGCAUGAGCAAAAUGUCAAUCCGGGUCAGAUCAAAGACCCUCCGCAGAGUGAGCCCCCCAAGCCCAAAAGGAGGGGAGUCAAAAGAAAGGCCAAAUCAGGAUGGCUUUAUGCCGAAGACAGAAACACAACAAAUAUCUAUGUGUCUGGAUUGCCUCCAGACACUACAGUGGAUGAGUUUAUACAGUUCAUGUCCAAAUUUGGUAUCAUUCUGAGAGAUCCUGAAACUGAUGAAUUUAAGGUCAAGCUUUACACAGACGAUCAAGGAAACCUUUCAGGCGAUGCCCUUUGCUGUUAUUCGAAGAGAGAAUCUCUGCAGCGCGUGUUAACGCAUUUGGAUGAAGAUCACUUCAGAGGACACAAAUUACAAGCCGAGGUGGCAGCGCCUCAACUGGUGGAGGAGUAUGAGGCCUCAAGUAAGAAGCGGGAAGAGGACAAGACUCAGCCGGAGCAACAAAAGCAGUUGGAUCUGAGUGCUGAGAAGAAAGCUGGACAACCCCGAAUGCGCCAUGAGCGAGUUGUCAUCCUCAGAAAUGUGUUUCAACGUAUGGACUUGGAGGGUGAUCCAAUGGUGUUAAAUGAAAUCAGAGGCGACCUGCGAGUGGAGUGUGCCAAAUUUGGAAAGAUUAAGAAGCUCACUCUGUUUGAUAAACACCCUGAUAGCAUGGCCUCUGUGCGCUUCAGAAAUCCAGAGGAUGCCGAUGAUUGCGUUCAAAACCUUGAUGGGAGGUGGUUUCGUGGCCAAAAAAUCACUGCUGAAACAUGGGAUGGGACUACUGAUUACCAGGUGGAGGAGACCACAAGAAAGAGAGAAGAGGAGAGCUCAAAAGUGAUGGAGGCAUGCCCCCCUGAGCCAGAGGCCAACGCAGGCUCCGGGCAGCUGAAUCUUGCCAGCACUUCAAAAAGUGCAAGGCCUUCUACUCGAGUAAGGCAUUUUUCAGAGCACCCUGCCACUUCUCCCAUGAAUGUAGCAGGUGACAUGGCACCUGAAGGGCCUGGAGCGGAAAAGAAAUCUGAAAAGCCAGAAGAAGAAACUUCUGAAGAAGAGUCUAAAGCAGGCAGCAUCCAGGAAGAGUCUGAAGAAGAGUCCGAGGAAAGCAGCUCCGAUACUGAGUCGUCUGAGGGAGGCUUCUGGGAAAGGGUGUCUGAUGAAGGCGACAAGGAGCCGGGAAAUAAUGAUGCUGGAAAAGAACCCCUGAAGAAGAAAUUCCGCAAAUGUUACCCAGAGAAUCGCCUUAGAAAUAAGUCUGACCAGGACGGGGCUGAGAAGGGUUCCGAAGAUAAGAAUGACCCCCCAAAAGAAUCUGAAGCUGACUUGGAAAAAGAAGAAGAACACAGCCCUGCAAACCAGGAAGCUGCCGACUCGGAGAACGAUGAGGAAGAAGAGGAUCUCGAAAUGGAAAUAGAUGAAGAUGAGUGUGUCAAAGAGUUAAAGAAAAUUCUUGAGAAAGAGCUGCAAGAUUUGGAGAAUGCUGAACUGGAAGACGAUAGCUCAGACAAGGAGUUGGAUGAGGAAAGUUCUGAGACCGAAUUUAAAGAAGUUGAAGAAAAGACAGAAGAGGACGGCGACGACAAUGUCUUUGAUGAUAAGGCAGGGGAAAAAGAGGAUGAAGACCAAGCAGAUGCAAAGGGGCCUGAAGAUGCUGGGGAUCAGGAGGAAGAUGAGGCAGGGGGAAUGCUCUCUGAAGAUUCAGAAGAAAAGAAAGAUGAGGAAGAUACUGCUGGAAAUGUGCUUGGAGACGCUGAGUUGUUUGAUGAGAAUCCUGAUGAGAAAAGUUUUCUGAGUUACCCUGAAAAUCCUCAGGAGGAAGCGCCCGUGUCCAUAGGCAGCAGCUUUGUCCUCAGUAGCGAUGAUGAUGAUAUUUAAUCCCUUUAACUUGCUUUUUCAGGAGAAACCAUUGUCUUAAAUUUGCCUCUCCUUCAGGGUCAUCACUUGGCAGUAUGACACUAACACACGUGUAGUGGUGGGAUGCCAUCAUAGUAAUGCACUGGCAUUUUCCUUCUUACCUCGACUUAAUUUAAAUAUGUGCUCAUGUGUUCACUUGAAAGUUGAGUCAGAAUACAAUCAAACUAGAUACGUUUUAUUUUGCCAGAUUGGUUAAACACAUGCAGAAUAAUUUUUUUAAAUGUAUUCUGACAGAAAUUUGUGAUAUUCCAAAAUCAAAAUAAGUGGCUAAUCUGCGGAAACAGAAAAUUGGAUUUGAGUGAAAUUGUGUUGGAAAUUUAUGCUAUUGGUUUCUUCCUAUUGAAGCAUGAUGCUACGGGGACCUUCAAAUUCUUUGGGAGUAUUCCUGCUUCCAGUUUGUUACUGCAUAGCCCCCCACGUCCCCUCUCUGAACCACAACGGGUUGUGAAACUUACAGAUAACCCUUCGAAGUUUCUCCCCUGCCCAAUUCCUGCAAGCUGGUGUUGUUUGUUUUCUUUUCUACCUCUUUCUAUGAAAAUAUACUCUUAGAUGUGCAAAAGUGCAAUCCACCAUUUCCAUCGUUGUUGAAAAUGUCGGGGGGAAACUAGAAUUGUAUUGUGUACUGUUACUGAGCCUUUGGGGGGUCCCUCUUGAAUUUGAUCAAGAUUAUGAAAUUUCUACACACACACACACCCCCAUAUACAUGCACACACAUUCUGUAAUGUGUCUGACAUAUAUGAGGAUUGCGUAACUUCUUAGGUGCACAGUCUGAGGCUCAUGGAUCUCCUGAAGUUUAAGAUCUUUUUUUUGUAUGACUUAACUUUGGUGUUUGGCUUUCUGUUUUAGAACCACAGUGCCUCAUGCAAUGCUACGGUGUGUAGCCCCAAUAGAAAUUAGGGCUCUUUUCUGGAGUAUGCUUUUCUAAAUUCUGUAAUGGUGAGCUUAAUUCUAAGGUUGAAUGAAGAUGUUAUUCUCAUUUCUUAUAAGCAUUAAAAUAAACUGCGUUGCUGCAUUUCA